AUGUACGGAGCUCCAGUGGAUUUAUCUCACAAACGGAUCUGCUGUCUGGGAGAUACCUGGAUAGAAGAUCCCAGAACUGGUCUUCGACCUGUAAAGAAAAAUUCAGAGAAGAAGUACAAAAGCCAAUCCCUGCGUCUUAAUAAUAACAACAUCUCUGAACUCAGUGACCUCCAUGUGUCUGUUAACCACUUCCUGGCUGAGCCAUUACAGCUGGCCUGGCUGGACCUUUCAUUCAACAGAAUCACACACAUAGACCCGGUUUUGUCUGAGCUGCGUGAGCUGCGUGUGCUGUAUCUCCAUGGUAACAGCCUUUUUGUCCUGUCGGAGGUCGACAGACUGCGAUCGCUGCCCCAUCUGCUCACCAUCACUCUACAUGGAAAUACCAUAGAAGACAACCCAGUUUACAGGAAUCGGGUGAUUGCUGCUCUGCCUCACUUAAAGACAAUGGACUUCAGUGUCGUGACGCGGCACGAACGAGUCAUGGCAAAUAUCUGGCAUCAUGGCUUCAGCCGCACACAUAGCAAGCACCCUCCGGAGUGA